UGAAGAGUGCAUUCUGAUUCUCACUGAAAAAGGGAGAGAGAGAAGUAUGCAAGGAAAUAAUUCUUGACUAUAAAAAAGGAGGUGACUUUUUCAAAUAACCUCUAAAAUUGGCCAUUGUCAUUGUGUGAUAUUAACACCAGCCCUUUUGGCAAGUUUGAAAAUAGUGGGCUCCAUUAUAAAAGCUAAAAAUGUCCUGGACCUGGAGUUGUUUACCCAGAGUAUGAGCUGCUCUAAAGUUACAGAGCUCUGGUUGGAAGAGUGGCUUGAAGGCCGCCUCCAAGUAUCUGACGUCACAGGAGUCUCAGCUGCUGCUGUGACACUGACCUGAGCGGCUUCUUGAUUUGUGAAAGGAGUGAAGGUUUAAAAGGGAUUUGCCAGUACUGCUCUCUUGCAUGGUUGGAUGUAUUUUGCAUUCCCAUUUUCUGCAAAGAAGCAAAAUUCACCGAGCUGAGACUUUUGUCUUUAAAAAAAAACCUAGCUAUCCUUCCAUUGCUAGAUUGACCAAAUGGUGGAACAUCCAUAGGAUUUCUCCCCAGAGCUAAAAGGCUUUAUUUUAAAGGCAAGUGGGACUGCUUCAAAUAAAACAACUCCAAGCUUCCAAGAAACAGUUAAGAAGGCAGAGACAAGCAGAAAUACCCCUUCACUAACACUCACACGGUUGCCAUGGACCUGCAUAAGCAGUGGGAGAACACAGAGACUAACUGGCACAAGGAAAAGAUGGAGUUACUGGACCAGUUUGACAAUGAAAGGAAGGAAUGGGAGAGUCAAUGGAAAAUCAUGCAGAAGAAGAUAGAAGAGCUUUGCCAUGAAGUAAAGCUUCGGAGGAAGAUCAACAUGAAUGAACGUGCUAAGAUCCUUGAUCAUGAUCGUGAAAAAGCGAUUCAAGAUAAAGUGGUGGAAUCUUCUCCAAAUUACCCCAAUUCAGGACAAUGCGAAUUUACAGGGAUGAAUCACGGGGAUGAUCUGGAAAAAGAAAAUAAAACAGAGCAGAGCUUACUCUGUGAAGGAAAUCAAAUGUGUAAGGAACAAAAAACAACAAAAAAGUCAAAAGUAGGGAUUAUGGAUCCUUUGGCCACAGAUAACCAAAAACAAUGUGGGGCGUGCCCUGGCCUGAGGCCUUCCAGGGUAGAGGACAGGAGCUGUUCUGGCGCCCUCAACACAGCUCUGGAAGAACUUGCGAAAGUUAGUGAAGAAUUAUACAGCUUUCAAGAGGAAAUCCAAAAGCAGUCUAACCACAGAAGAAUGAAGUCAGAUUCUUUUCUUCAGGAAAUGCCCAAUGUAAUUCAUAUGCGUCACAGAGACCACAUGAUCAACGAUGGCCAGGGCAUUCUUCCGAUUGAUUUAGAAAAAGAAAAGCAGAAAAAUAGAAAGAAUCUGAGCUGUUCCAAUGCGCUCCAAAGCAAUUCUAUGAAAAAAUAUGAAUUUGAUACAAUUGAUCUGCAAAGAAAUGAAAUUCCACCACUUCCUCCUCCAAGAAGCACAUCUCGAAAUUUUCCCAGCUCAUUUUCUGAACAAGCUCAUGAAAGUUUGAAGGACAGUUUAGACCACAACAGCCACGUGGCCCAAGAGGGUCAAGGUGAAAGGAACUACAGUCCUGAUUUCCUUUUGAGGCUGUGUCUAAAUGAAGAGAAGACUUUGAAAGAUGGUAUCAUGUUUCCUUUGUUGGCACCCAAAACCAAAAUAGAUAACCAGCAUCCAUGUGAUGAAAGUGUUGGACUUGGCAUGUGGUCAUAUGACACAGGGAUCAGUGCAAAAAAUAGUGCCUCUGCAUUGUGGUAUCAGAAAAUCUGCUCUACUCCCAAUAAGCCAAAAUGUGAAAAGAUGAUUCCAGAUCAUUCUGCUAAAUCUCAUCCUGAUCUUCAUAUAAGUAGUGACUGUAGCUCUUCAGUGACAGAGAGCAGUGGGUCACUUAGAAGUUUCAGUUGUGACUUUAAGAGGACAACUAGGAAUGAAAAGCUGGCAGCAAAGACUGAUGAAUUUAACAGAAUUGUAUUUAGAACAGAUAGAAAUUGUCAGGCAAUACAGCAAAAUCAAAGCUACUCAGAAUCAUCUGAAGAUCCUAAGCCCUGUGAUACCUUAAUUACUCAUACAGGUAACAUAUCAGAAAAUGAUGAUGUGUCUGAUAUUCUGAAAACCAGUGUCCACGUGCCCGUGCCUGUGCCCAGAGAAAAUGUGCCUGACAAUCCCACCAAAAAAUCCACAACAGGCCUUGUCAGACAAAUGCAGGAACACAUGAGUCCUAGCAGUUAUCGGAGUAUGCUCCAAGAGCACGACUGGAGACCAAGUAAUUUGUCUGGCCGGCCAAGAUCAGCUGAUCCUAAGUCAAAUUAUGGUGUUGUGGAAAAGCUGCUGAAAACCUAUGAGAAGUCAACAGGGCCUGCAUUGCAAAAUUCUAAAUGCUUCCAGGAUAAUUGGACCAGAUGUAAUUCUGAUGUCAGUGGUGGGUCCACAUUAAGUCAGCAUUUACAAAUAGUUCAAUUAGAACAAGAGCUUCAGCAAAACACAGCUAUGUAUGGAGCACAGCAAGUUAAACUACGAGUAGAUUGGAAAAAGAUAACAGAGGAAUCCAUGGCAGUGAAAUCUUCACCUGGAAAAGGAUUUUCCCGACCUGCUAGACCAGCAAAUCGCCGUCUCCCAUCCAGAUGGGCCUCGAGAUCUCCAUCGGCGCCCCCCGCCUUGCAGAGAACUACCCCCAGCUAUACCAUUUCUCUGCAAUCUGCAGCAUCGAUGGUCUGAGUCUCUGGCCUGGAUUGCUAGAUGACAAAAGUCCUAAUUGCCAAACAGAGCAUUCCGAGUGUUUACAGCCAAUCCGGUCUCUUCUCUGUCUUUCAAGAUCACUGGGACAGACAGUUUAAAUCUUAACUUCCCAUCAGUCUUCAGUGUUUUUAAUCUAUGGAAUAAUUAUCUUCCUGUAUUUUGAUUUCUUAGAUCAGAAUUUUUUAAUGCCAUCUUCAUUAAUUUGCCAAUAUGAUUUAAGUCAAAACAAUGUACUAUAUUGUAUAUUCUAUCUUUCUUGCAAGUGGCAGAAAGCAAGGUUAUGUGCAUGGCCAUGUGUUUGUAGGUGCAUGUGUUGAAACAGGAAGUAUCCUAGUAUGUACUUAGAUAAGAAAAACUUCUGUGCUAGUGUUGACUUUGAAAUUAUAAUACGUAUACCUAUAUAUUCUUUGUGUUUAUUUAAAAUUUUUGAAAAUAUACAGUACUAUUUCUAUUUUGUAUACCUUUUAAUAGGUAUCCACUUAAGGCAUUUGAGGUACAUAUAUUAACUAACCACUUUCUUGGUCCCAACUACAUUGAAAAAUAAGAAUUAUACACAUUAAUAACACUUGGUAGAUUUCUAUAUACAACUCAUAGUUUCUUAACCAAUGUAAGGAUGGACUAAUGCCAUUGAUCUCCUUGUUUAUUCUUUUAAUAAAUAAAAUUGUCACAGGUUUAAUAGAUCAGACUUCCAAAGCAAACAUAAAAUGUUCACAAAAUCUUUUGUAUAUCAUUUGGUAGUCUAUUAUGGCUUUAACCGUGUACUUGAUCCCCAGAGCCAUAUCAUGAGACUGCCUUAGAAACAACAGAACUUAAAAAUGAAUUUAUUUUGUCAACUUCAGUAACAAAUAAUCCUUAAAUAGGGUAUGAAAAUAAAUUCAGUUAUGUUGAAUUCUACUUUUUUCUUAAAUUGUAGUAAGCUGUUAGUUAAGCUCCUUCAUUUGAAGUCAUAUUUAGAGGUAAGUCAUUUCCUUUUUUUUUUUCUAAUUUUCUCUAAAAUUAGUAGUAAAAAGCUAAUUCAUCUUUUUAUUAACAGGGAAGAUUAGAAAUGAUAUUUCAUUGUAAGCCGAAUUAUAAUAUAUUUCUUAUAGUGUGCUACAUUAAAAAAAAAAAGCCUUAAAGUAAACUUUGGCAUCCAUGAGUAGGAUAAGGAACAGAAAUGUGUAUUUUGGCCACAGUUUACACACAGUGAACAUGUAAGAUCUAUGUUGAGAACUGAAAGAAGUAUGAAUGCUGAGGUGUUUGGAAUUCUACAUGGACGAUCUUAGAAGCACCUUUGCUCUCUCUGGUCUCUCUAUAAAACCAACUUCGUUAGUAGAUACUUCUAUGUAAGCUUUUCUUUUACUACCAGAAAGGUUAAGAAAUUCCUGUGGCAUAAGCACCCAUGACCUUCUUCUUAUGAUAUAUUCUAACAAUUAAGAGUAAUUCAUUUCAUUAUACAUCAUGACUUGAGGUAAAGUAAAUAACUUCCAAGUCCCAGACUGCCUUAAAAUGCUCAAGACUGUUGCUUGAUGAUGGACAGAUUUGUACUUUCCAAUAAGGAGAGUUUAUAGGAGUUGAGCUGAAUUAAACUUCUAGAAUGUGAGGAUGGAGCAGAUGGUAAGUAAGGGCUAUAGAUCCAUUCUUUUUUGGAAUAGUUUGAGAAGAACAGGUAUAAACUUUUCUUUAGAUUUUGGUAAAAUUCGCCUGUGAAACCAUCUGGCCCUGGACUUUUGUUUGUUGAGAGUUAUUGGUUACUAAUUCAAUUUCUUUGUUGGUAAUUGGUCUGUUGAAAUUUUCCAUUUCUUCCCUGUUUCAGGUUUGGUAGGUUAUAUGUUUCUAGGAAUUUAUCCCUUUCUUCUAGGUUGUCCAAUUUGUUGGAAUAUAGUUUCUCAUAAUAUUCUCUUAUAAUUGUUUAUAUUUCUGUGGUUGGUGUUUAGAUACACUCAUUUAAUUCUUGUUUCUUUCAGGAAUAUCCUUUUCCAUAGGAAACCUAUCAGAGACAAGUAACCUAGAUGCCAACUGAUGUCAUUUAUGUUUUAUGCUUUUCAUCUAGAAGUGGGGAAACACUAGGACAAUGGUAGUUUUUGGCAUACAAUAAUAGACCCGCUAGGAAGGUGCUGCUACGCCACAGUGGAAAGACUGCCCGAGAACUGGGCAACAUCCCUGCUCCCCUCCAUCACUGUAUCCCAGGUAGUCUGAUGUGGAUCUGUAGUUCCUAUCUUUGACUACAAGUCAGAAUAUUGAGGAUUUCUUUAAAAAAAAAAUUAGAUUCCUGACCUCAUUUCAUAUUUACUAGAGCAGAAUUUCCAAGGGUGCAGGGUGGGAAUCUGGAGUCUUUAAUAAAACAAUAACAACAACAACAGCAACAAGAAAGCAAAAUAUCUAAUGAUUACAGAGAUUUGGAAGCAGUGACAUUGAUGCCCCAAUAGAUGGGUACUAUUGGGUAGUCACAUUGCUUCCCUGGGACUUGCUUUUGUUACCUAUAAAAGAAAAGGAUUAUAUUAUCAGGCAUACAAUUUUAAACCACCUUUUCUAUUACCAUUUGAAUGAAACAGUGGGACAUAUUUUAACACCUUCCUAUGUUGACUAAAAUCAUAGCAUGGUAGAGUUUAAAACAAAAAACUUAGUAUAUAGUCCAACUCCUUGAUUGUAACGAUAAACUAAAACAAAAGUUAUUGAAAUAUUCUGUUUUCUCUUUUAAAAUAUUUUAUAAUUUUUUAUGAAAAACCUAUCAGGUAGAUGGCAAUUAUCCUUGAAAAAUAUUUUUUUAUGUAUUGUGAUUUUUAACUGGUAGUUUUUCUACUUUGGAUGAGCAUGUUCUUCCCAACAACAUACCUUUCAUUAUGCUGUCAUUGCUGGAUUUAAGACAUUUGUCAACAUUUCAGAAAUAUUUGCUUAGAAACACUUGUGUUAAUAGAAGUUUUCCUGAGCAGACUAUUGGGGAGAAAACUUACAUUAUUUCAACUGAGGAGUCUGCUCUCAGAAAGGAAUAAGAACAAGGCAGAAAAAGUGCUUGAGUUUUUGUGCAUGUGUGUGUGUGCACACAAUCCUUGCACGAGUUCUGUAUAUUGCCUUAUCACCAAAGCCAAAUAUAAAUAUGUACAUUAUGUUUGCAUAAUUCACUUUAUCAAAAAUUAACCUUAACUUUCAUUUGUUUUUACGUAGACAAUGAAGAUGACCAGAUAUUAUCAUGCAUGAUUUACCUCUACAUGAGGAUUUAGCCAGACUCCAUGUCAUUCUGAGAAAAUAUCUGGACCUAAAAAAAGAAUCUGUUUCCUUACAAAGAUUUUUAAAAUUAUUUCCAGGCAUAGGCACAUUUACUGACAAACAACUACUUGACAUUAAAAUCUCCUUCAGUGAUUGGAAGUUAUCAAAUAAAAUAGAUAUGGAAACA